GAUGAGACAUUAGCUGUGUUGGAUAUCGUGACAGAUUAAUUCAACGGUCGGAAUCACUCCAAUGACAUAACAAUGAUAACCUAUUGACCUUAUGGAUAUCUGAUAUUGUCAUCUGAAGUUUUUGAAGGUUUGAAUAUUUGUCUUCGUUUGCUCUUCCUUUCCUCAUCGCUGGCCGUUGUCUUUUUUCUUCCAUUGUCUUUAACUUUGCUUCUGGUUAAGCUAUUCUCUACAUAAUUUUUACUUAUUUUCGAUUGUUUGUCCGCUCAAAUAAAUAUAAUCCGAGUUUUGUCAACGAGAACACGAUCAAAAAUGCCGGCUGAAUAUCAUCGAGUUGAUAAUGAUGAAAAGUUCAUCGAUGUAUCCCUCGGUCGAAGGUCCACAGACAGCUUGAAUUCGACUUUGUUAGAUUCAGAAUAUGAUGAAAAGGCUCAAGAUGUAGAAUCUAUACCAUUGCCUGGACAUACAUAUGAUAAUCGAUGGAUGUGGUUGGUGCAUGCUGUACUGCUUUCGUUUUCAUUUGGUUUAUUCAUAUCGGCAUAUUUUACAAGGAUGACGACUCUCAAGCACGUGAAGGAGUACUCAGCAUGGUCUCCUGCUGCAAAAGCGGUUGAGUAUCAAAAAGUUAAAUUCAAUAACACGAUGGGAACUGGUUCACCGUAUGUGGGCUACGGACCAGACGUUGACAAAGCAUGGAGUGCUAUUUCAUACGACGUUGGUGAUCAAAUGAUCUUACCGGAUCAACUGGACAAAAUCGGGAUGCCUAAUACCCACCUGAAAGUCAAGGAUCCAAAAACCGGAGUCGAAGGUUACAGAGUUGGUCUGGAAGUUUUCCAUCAACUACAUUGUAUUAAUCUUCUUCGGCAAGUCACAUACAGAGAGUGGUACGAAGAUAUCAGUGGAGAGUUCAAAGGAGGACAACAGGGCCUUCAAAUGCACACAGAUCAUUGCCUAGAGAUCCUACGCAUGAACGUACAAUGCAACGCAGACGUUGGAGUCUUCACACUCUAUAUGAUAGAAGAUGAUCCUCUUCCUUGGCCAGAACUCAACUCUUGGCAUGUUUGUAGAAAUUUUGAUGCCAUCGUAGAUUGGGCCAUGGAUAAUUCAGUAGGAAUCAUGGAAACGCAUGAUAACAACACGGAUACCAAUGGUUCUACUUCAUAGAUAUUGGAAAAUUUAUAUAAAUAAAAAUUACA